AAAAAGGGGAAAUUACAUCAGCAAAUAGAAAUGUACGGGUAUUCAUCAAUAUGUAUGCAUAUUAUAUAUUGAAUCUAUUCAUCAAGUGUAUAGAUUUUAUAAUAGUCUUCCUUUAAUAUAUUCAAAUUUUGGAAAGUAUAUACUUUGGGAAAUUGAAAUGUUUUCAUAUAUUUUGCUUUGCUUAAAGGCCAUCAAAUCUUUAGAUAAUAUUGUUAGGAAAAAAAGAUCAAGAUUUUUAAGUGUAUUUGGACUGAGAUGCUUGAGGAUAUAGUACUAUUAAAAUGGAUUAAAUAUUUGUACAAAGUUUGUCCAGAGAUCAUGCUGAAAAUUUGUGUAUGAGGAAUAAGGACAUUCAAGUUUAUUUGAUAUUUUGUCUAAUUUUUUAAACUGAGGAUAAAUUUUAAAUAUGGCUGAAGCAUUGUCUGUUUCAAACAAAGGGAGAAAACUUGUGUGCAGUAUAUGUCAGAAAACAUUUGAAGAAAUGACUGUGUCCUCCUGCUUCCAUACAUUUUGCUUAGAUUGUCUUAGAGGUCAAGUGUCCACUUUUGGAAGGUCAACAUAUUGCUGCCCCAUCUGUAAAGCAUCUGUGAACUUACCAGGGGAGGUAAUUAGUGAUCUGACAAAAGAUAAUUAUGAUGUAGAUGACAUUUCAAGCUCUUCAUUGAAUCAGACUUGUGACAUUUGCUCAGAUGGUAGAAUGGCUAUAAAUAGAUGCAUGCAAUGUCAAGAAAGUUUAUGCCAUGCUUGUACAAAUGCUCAUAUCAAAAUGAAGGCAUCCCGCUACCAUAGGCACCAGGUUAUACCUCUGAGAGACGAUUUAUUCACUGAUGACCUUGAAAGGUCAAGGUCACUGAAGUAUUGUUGGAGGCAUAGGAAUGAGGAAAUCAAGUUUGUCUGCAAAGAGUGUGAUGUAGUACUUUGUAUGAUAUGUAAGUUGAUGGAACACAAAGACCAUGUGACCAAACCUGUAUCUGAAGAAGCUAGUAUUGUACGAGAAAAACUGACAUCACUCCUGCAGAGACAGGUGGGUCUUGGUGAAAUGUUAAAGUCAAAAGUCAAUGGUUCUGAAAGCAGGGAAACAAACUUUCCCCAACAAUUUGAGCAAGAACUGUCAAAACUUAAUUUCCAAGCUUCUAAAAUGCAUGCAGAAAUAGAAACUGAGAAACAAAAAGUUGAAAAAGAGUUAAAAUUAUACUAUGGAGACAAUUUGAGUAAGUAUGAAAAAGACAAGGAGAGUCUGAGAAGAGAUUUUGAAGAAUACAGUAAAGUAAAUACAGAAGCAUUACAGUUAUUGAACAGUAAGGAUGAAGCCUAUGUAGUUGGUAAGGGAUCGUUUCUAUAUAAGAGACUGAAUGAAAUGGAAGAAAAUACAAGAGAUAUCACUGAAACACCCCCUGUUAAACCUCUAAAACAUUUUAAUUAUGGCACCAUUGAUCCAGAUCAGUUACAAAGGAUGAUGGGAUAUGUGUGUGAAAAGAAGCCCCAGAUUUCUCAAUCACAGGAGUAUGAUCAAAGAUUGCCACAGGAUUUGAUGAAUCAGAGAGAGCAAAGUAUUGCAGCAUCAUUCUACGGAAAUUUGAAACUGCUUUCUAAGUUCACUGUGCCAUUUAAUGACGGUAUAGGCUAUGUAUAUGGGAUUGGGCCUAUAAAUCAAAGCAAUGCCUGGGUCACUCUCCUUGACCAUAAGACUGUUACCUUGAUGGACACAAAAGGGACUAUUGUAUCAUCUGUAGAUGUGGACGAUGUUUGUGAAGAUGUUACUGGCAACUCUGAUGGAGACGGCUAUAUAACCUGUCCAAGAACCAAAUGUAUUAAAAGAGUAACAUCAUACGGUCAGGUGAAUGAUGUUUUAGCACAGUUGCAGCAAGACCCGCAUGGCAUUUGCUUACGGAGUAUAGGUGACACACAGAGAAGUGACAUGAUAACCGAGUUGUAUGUUUGCUUUACAGAGACUCGUGGGGCAACAAUGCCUCUGUUUGAAAAUCAGAAGGGAUGUUUAAGGGUGUUUUCUGAAGAUGGUGAUGAUUUAGGGAGAGGUUUUCAUCUACAGGCCCCUGUGCGUGUUGAUGCACAUGCGGACACCAAUGCUCUAUGUGUAUCAGAUUACAGCAAUGGGUGCGUAACAGUGUGUGACCUGUCUGGACAGUAUGUGAAAGCCAUUUACACAGGUGAAGAUGAUCAGGAACCGUUUAAACCGCUUGGUGUAUGUUUCGAUGCUAUAGGAAACGUGAUAAUUGCGGAUUGGAGUGGAAAUCGAGUUUGCCUUAUAUCACAAGACGGUGAAUACAUUAAAACUCUUGUAAGUGAUAUAGAAGGACCUCAAAGUGUAGCUUUCAACAAUAACUUAUUAUGGGUAGGAAGCAAAUUUGGCAAGGUUCACGUUUUCAGUAAUAACUAAACUGUUGUAUAAUAUGACGAUAACUUGUUAAUUAAUAGAAAAUUUAAAAUUCGUCAUUUAUAUCAUAAUCAUAGCUGUUGUAGAAACUUACUGGUAUGAUUCUAGUGACUUCCCUUGAUCUUUGUUAAUUGGAUACAUUCUGUUAAAGAGUUCUACCCAUGUAUGUUACUAGUAUAUGUUGGUGUAAUUUAAGAGACUAAUUCAAUUAGAGGUGAACUUGCAGGAAAAAGCAAGUGUCCCAUGAUAAGCAAAAUAUUUAUGUCAUUUACAAGCUAUCUGCAAAAGCCACAAAUCUAAAGUUAAAUUUUUUUUAUCAGAAUUGGAAAUGCCCAAGAUGCUUAUAGGAAAUCAUAGAGUCCCCAAACAGCCAAUAUAACAUCUUUAUUGUUGGCAAUGUUUUAAAUUUAAUUAUCGACUCUGACUUUUGCUGACUCAGUCAAAAUAACUGUAUAAUUUAGUAAAGGAACACUUGUGCUCGGACCUCCCUGGUGAGUUAUGGCCAGUCUUAAUUAGUUGGGAGUAUCAUAUAGAUGUAGAGAAGAUGGGUAAUGAUGUAUAUUGUGGUUUACAGGAUAUUUACUGGGUUUAUCAAUCAUACAGUUUAACAAAUAUUCUUUCGAUCUGUAUUUUAUCAGAGAUAACUUCUUUAUAGGGGAAAUAUUGCUUCAUCAAGUGAUACUAGCUGCAUUUAAUAGUUAAGUAAUUGUAGUGUUCUUUUCCACUAGAAAAUAUCAAUCUUUCAAGAGUUAAAAAAAAGUUAAUACCGGUAUAUAUAUAUUAACAGUCUGGUUUCAGAACAAAAAUUUUGUCUUAAAUUAGUAGUAAAACCCAAAUACUAGUACUGUACUGCUCUCUUCACUCAAUAGGGAGAGCAUCAGAUUUGUAAUCCAGGGGUUGAAGGUUCAAUCCUUAGAGGUCAUGCAAUUUCUCUGUGAAAUUUGAACAUUUGAUCUUAAACAUCUAAUGGUCAUUUACAUCACCACAGAUUCAGAAAUCAUGUGGAAUUAGUAGUACUUUAGUUGAUCACUUGCAGCAUAAUUGGCAAUUACUUGUUGGUUAUCUUGGAAAUUUGGUUAGGUGGACAAACCCGUCGCCAAGAUAAAACCAAAAAUGUUUCAUUAUCAGCGUCUUUAAAGUUAGGUAUAUUUCUUUUCAUCUACACACAUUUCAGAGUGACUAAAUAAAUACUCAAACAAGCAUAUAAAAUGUUUGUUCAUUUUUUAUUUCAACAAUAAGCUGCACAUUGGAGAUUCAACUGAUGCACAGUGUCCAUUUAUCAUGGUAUAACUACAAUAUCCACCAUCUUGGCUU